CCCCCCCUAAAGUGAAUAGUUUAGCCUAAACCUGGCCGUAACGUUACCUUACUUCUCAGAAUUUUCUGGGAGGGUGGAGUGCCAAAACUGGACCGAAACUGUAUUGUUGUGGCGGUGGUGGAAGGGCAGGGACUAUGGGGGACCAAAAGAUCUCGGAAAUGACAGCAGAGGACAAGCGGGGGAUGUUCUCCCGUACAGAGAGCAUGGCCCAGCACUCCAGCAGGUUGAUUGAGAUGCUGGACCAGAUAGAGAAGAGGGUGGAGGUACUGAGAGAGCAGGCCUCUGCCCUGGAGCUGGAGAAGUCCAGCAUGCUGGAGGCUCUCCACACACUACAGAACAGCAAGGAUCUACAGUACUGCAGUCCUGGUGAAAGGGAGGAGAUCCAGAUCACAGCAGAACGUCUGGUGUGUCGCUGCCUCACAGUGGACGUCUGUGUCAACACCGUCCGCAACCAGCAGCAGGAGGACGCGCUCCAGAGGGUCAACACCGUCCUGGACGAGAUCUCUGAGAAAAUCCGUGACGACAUGCGGGCAAACUACGACACUCUUCUCCUCUACUACAACGCCUGCUGUCCUGACACCACAGGACCCAUAGACCUUAAAUUUCAGGCCCUGGUCAUCGAGUGUGCGGCGGAGGACCAGAAGAGAAUCAGGAAAAGGCUGGAGUCUCUUCUGAGGACUCUAGAGUAUGCUGAGAAGUCCAUGCCGAAGAAGUGAGGGAACAAGCUUAGCCCUCACUUGUUUGAAACAAAUGUUCAGGCAGUUCUACUCCUUUGGUUCAACACCACAAAAAAGAGGGAGGGAUUCCACCAAGUAAUGAAGUCUCGAUGUCAGGCUGGAACUAUGGAAUCAAAUGUGGAAGUGAUACAAUAUUCACCACAAGUGUUUAGUACCUAUUGUGAGUUUCCAUUGUUGCAUUGAAAAUACAUGUAUGAAGAGGUGUCACAAUAUAGAUGGAUAAAAACUGUAUGUAUGUCUAGCGUUUGCAAGAUGGGAACAAUGGACAAUACACUGGGCAAUGUAUGUGACACAUGAAAUGAUACAUGUAUAUACUGUACUUUCUCACUCUACUAGCAAAUAGGUGCUGAUGACUUCUCUUUUAGUUUAAAUACAUUCAGCUUUUUUUCACUUUUAAACAUCAUCUAACCUUCUGUAUCAAUAAAGUACAAUUGCACUGAAAUUGGUCUGAAUCUCAAGGGGAAUCUCAACUGGAAUUGUCAUGGUAGAAAAGUGUACAUAUCCACGCAUAUGGUACUAUGAUACUAUACCAAAAUAGAUGUAGAAAUAGAUGUUGCAUUAUGAUUCUGAAGGCAGGUGUAAAGUAAUCCUUUGUCCACAUUGAUGCCAUGCUUUCAACAGAAAACAUCAGCAACAAAUUUUAUAUUCUUCAAAAUAUGCAAUGAAUAACCUGCUAAAAGGUACUUACAAAUUGUAUUGAAGAUGUAUAUUGUUUUAUCGUAUGAUUGUAUAUGUAUAUUUCAGCUGUAUAUAUUCAUUUGAUGAUGAGGUCAGUUUCUGUAGCAAAUUGCUAAUGAUAACAUGCAGAUACUUAACCUGAUUGAUGUAUAUACUUAAUAUCUGCUUACUUUUCAUGUUGCAUUUAAUGACUAGUAGUUCCUGUAGUUGAAGUACGGUAGGGGUAGGUUGAAAGAAUGGAUGAUUUAAACUGACACAUGUAUACUAUCACAACAAAUUUUAUACUAAAAGAUCAAUGUAGUGUCUUUUCCUUGCUGAUAGCAAUGAUGGUGAAAUUUUUGAUGUUUGAAACUCUGAAUAGUUAGAUGUGAUAACAUCAUUUUGUAUGUUAACUAUUUAGUAUCAUAUGGCCAGUGAGACCUUUUAAAACUGAUUUUUGCCAUUAUGAUCAGCCAAUAUUAAACGUCUGACA